GGCGCCGGGUAACGCCAUUUUCACGCACCGCGCAGUCAGUCAGUCAUCCAGCCAGUGGACCAGCGAGCUGUCAUCCCCACCGGCGACUCGUCAACUUUUCAUUCGGCCCCAUGAAGCCGCCAUCGAGUUAGUUUCACGGGCUCGUUCCUGCCAUGGAACCGAGGGAGAACAGGCUUUUCCUGUAUGGCUCCGACUAAAGUCAGUGUUUUUGACAGUUAGGUGGCUAGCUAUGUAGCUAGCUGGUCAUCAUUAACGGCGGUUGAUGCAGUGAAACCUCAGUCGGCAGAACAUAUCCCAGCCGGACACAGUUUGGAUAUUGUCUUUUAUUACUUAUAUAUUUUUACAAUUUUCAGCAAGAGUUGCCUGUCAAAGGAACAACGCCUUCAUUGACAAAAAGUCGUGAUUUAGACGGUAACAAGGCGAGAAAAACGGACGUUACAGUGAAGCUACAUUGGCAACGGAUGUCCUAGAGAACGGAUGCGUGAGGACAUGUCCACCAUGGUGUGUGUGAAGGAUGAGGAGGAUCCUGGGGAGAAGCUGUCCCAGGAUGAGAUCAUCUCCCGGACCAAGCAGGUGAUCCAAGGGCUGGAGGCCCUGAAGCAGGAGCAUCACUCCAUCCUGGAGGGCCUGCUGGGCACGCUGCGCUGCCUGAAGCAGGACGAGGAGGGCGUCCUGGUAGAGGAGAAGUCCCACAUGAUCCGCAAGUCCCUGGAGAUGCUGGAGCUGGGGCUGAGCGAGGCACAGGUGAUGAUGGCGCUGUCGAGCCACCUGAGCUCAGUUGAGUCGGAGAAGCAGAAGCUUCGGGCUCAGGUACGCCGGCUCUGCCAGGAGAACCAGUGGCUGCGGGACGAGCUGGCCGGGACGCAGCAGAAACUGCAGAAGAGCGAGCAGAGCGUGGCGCAGCUGGAGGAGGAGAAGAAGCACCUGGAGUUCAUGAACCAACUGAAGAAGUACGACGAGGACUUGUCCCCAUCUGAGGAGAAGGACUCUGAUUCCAGUAAAGAGACUCUGGACGAUCUCUUCCCAGAUGACCAGGACGAUCAAGCCCCGGGCAUCCAGCCGAGUCACGGCAGUGCUGCGGCAGCCGCUGCCCAGCAGGGAGGAUACGAGAUCCCGGCCCGUCUGAGGACCCUCCACAACCUGGUGAUCCAGUACGCCUCCCAGGGCAGGUACGAGGUGGCUGUGCCCCUCUGCAAACAGGCCUUAGAAGACCUGGAGAAGACCUCUGGACACGACCACCCAGACGUCGCCACCAUGCUCAACAUCCUCGCCCUUGUUUACAGGGAUCAGAACAAAUACAAGGAGGCAGCCAACCUGCUGAAUGAUGCUCUGGCCAUCAGGGAGAAGACUCUCGGCAGGGACCAUCCAGCAGUCGCCGCCACCCUCAAUAACCUGGCUGUCCUGUACGGGAAGAGAGGGAAGUACAAGGAAGCAGAGCCUCUGUGCAAGAGAGCGCUGGAGAUCAGAGAAAAGGUGCUGGGGAAGGACCACCCAGAUGUGGCCAAGCAGCUGAACAACCUGGCCCUGCUGUGUCAGAACCAGGGCAAGUACGAGGAGGUGGAGUACUACUACAUGAGAGCGCUGGAGAUCUACCAGACCAAACUGGGCCCCGACGACCCCAACGUGGCCAAGACCAAGAACAACCUGGCGUCCUGUUACCUGAAGCAGGGCAAGUUCAAGCAGGCUGAAACUCUGUAUAAAGAAAUCCUCACCCGCGCUCAUGAGAGGGAGUUUGGCUCUGUUGACGAUGAGAACAAACCGAUAUGGAUGCAUGCUGAGGAGAGAGAGGAACAAAGUAAGGGGAAGCAGAAGGACGGCUCACCCUUUGGAGAAUAUGGAGGCUGGUACAAAGCCUGCAAAGUCGACAGCCCAACAGUGACCACCACCCUGAAGAACCUGGGCGCCCUCUACAGGCGGCAGGGCAAGUUCGAGGCGGCCGAGACUCUGGAGGAAGCUGCCAUGCGUUCCAGAAAGCAGGGUCUGGACAAUGUGCAUAAGCAGCGCGUGGCGGAGGUCCUGAGCGAGCCAGAGGCCCGUGAGAAGCAGCGAAGCCGCGAGAGCUUGACCUCCGACACGGUGAAGUACGAGAGCGGGCCAGACGGUGGCGAGGAAGCAUAACUCCAGAUGCCUUGUAAUGGUUCUAAAAAACUUGUCUUCUGCAUGACGGACGCCUCUUCUCACCUCGCCUCAACCCUCUCAGCUUUGCCGUUUUCUCCAGCUCCCUGACUCCCCCUCUCUCUCUCUCUCUCUCUCUCUCUCUCUCUCUCUCUCGCUCUCUCUCUCUCUCUCUCUCUCUCUCUCUCUCUCUCUCUCUCUCUCUCCUCCGACACCUCCGGGUGCUCUGGUGAGAUUCUUCACGCCGGGUCGAGCCAGAGCGAUAAUGUUGCUUUAGACCCUCCUCUCUGCUGGGUUUUUGGGGGGACGUGGAGACAGCUUGUGUGUCUAAAUCGAAAUUUCUGCUUUGUACUUGUCUUGAAAUUGUGUGGGGUGUGUGUGUGUGUGUGUGUGUGUGUGUGUGUGUGUGUGCGUGUGCGUGCUGUAGGUGGGAGGGGACGGGAGUGAUGUUUCUUUACAUUAAACUCUUCUCAUGUUGUUUCUGCUGUCCUUUAGCCUCUGCUGCUCCUCUUGCUCUCGUUCUGUCACUCUGAGGUGUCUUUAAACUCUACGUUCAUAUUGGCUGUAGACUCAUUUUAUAGGUUUUUUGGGGGGGUUGUGUGAAGAGAUUGACAGUAUGUCCUUAAAGCUUGUCCUCUCAGCUGGUUUUUAAAGCAAAACUCUCCAUUUUGAUCUGGACUUUAUAAAUCUCACCCGAUCACAACACUUCUGACCUGAAUAACACUCAGUGCUUCGCUUUAAACUAAACUGCUUUCGUAAAACACGAAAAAAAGAAAAGGGCCAACAAAGGUGAUUGGGCAACAACCAGAAAUGAACUAAAAUUUCUGUGUUUUAACAUAUAAAUAGUUAAGAGACACAUACGGGGAAAAAUGUAAAGAUGUUAAUUUAUUUCCUUUUUUUAAAAAUGUUUUUAAAGCUAUCUUGCUGUUGCUUCUGCAUCAUGUUUCCGACCUCCUGACCAGAUGUAACGUGCUGCAUGUCGAACGUAAACAGAACGUGGUCGAUCUACAGAUAAUCAAUAAAUCAUAUCAGUUGGCUUUAAAGCAAAAAUGCCAAAAAAUGCAAAAGUUCCCAGUUUGUCUCAUAUAAAGGCUGCAUGAUAGAAGGAAAAUAUUCAGUAUGUAAUAACAAUGUUAAAUUUGCAGAAAGAAUUUAACUUUUGUACUCAAUUCAGGCUUUCUGUAGCUUUCAAUACACUGCUAAAAAAAACAAAUUGCUUGUUGAAUAUUAAAAAAAAGCAUUAAACAGAACACAAUAGGCACCAAUAAAAAGAGAAUAAUUACAUUUACUCCUGAUACUUUCCUUCAGCUAACUCAAAUAAUCUGUGACUGCGAUGAGUUUGUCACACGAGUUGACGUCAUGAUGAAGAUUUAUAAAAUCAUAUGUUGUGCAGCCCACACACGUGAGGAUUUGAUGUUUUGUUUUUUGUCAUAUAUGAUGAUAAAAACCAUCUGCAAUUUAAAUAUGUCGUCUCAGGCUCUGAUAAAUAAUAACUUUAAUUGUGUAACUGUAUUGUGGCAUUUUUAGAAAAAAACAAAACAUUGAUAAUGAAGGAACAAGACGGGCAGAUUAAUCCUAAUUUAAAUAGUUGCAGCCCUAAUAUCACAUGUAAAGAUAAAUGUUUGUCGUAUCAUAAUAAUGCACCGACUACAAUGAGAGAAAUAUUUCUGUGAUUUAGACAAUUCAUUUAGGAACAGGAACCACUGAACAGCAGUUGACAAGACAGUGCCCUAAAAAUUAGCUUAAUAAAUAAUAUCUUUUAAAAAAAAUGUCCAGAAAACUAUAUUUAUAAUUG